AUGGCCUGGUCAACAGUGUCCACCGUGCUGUCUAUGACUGCUUAUCCUAUUACCUAUCUUGUGUACGCUGGAUUUGGUGUCUUGCAGAUAUUAGUCACACCGCUUGUAUGGGUUGGACGUUAUUGCGUACAACUCGCUCUUCUGCCAUUAAGAAUCCUAGCUCGACUUCAGGCGCUUCUCAUCUUCGUCACAGUUGCCGGAAUUACCGGGAUCGCUCUCGGACUACUCUUGCAUUAUACCACUACUUUCAUUGUCGAGAUGGUCAGCCAAUGGCUGGAGGGGUUUUGGACACCUUCUCACAAACCAAAACACAAUGUCCCGGGUCUCUACCCUGGUGAAAUAUCCAAGGAAUCAAAUACUUUAAAGCUUUCCGGUGACCAUGUGAAACAACGUGGUAGGAGAUACCUAGGAACUCGGAGGGAAGGUGAACCUUCUGCAUCUACUAUGUGGGAAGAGGAGGAAGAAGACAGUCAGGAUUCCGAAGAAUGA